AUGACGAAUAAUCCCAGCCGCGAAAAUGGCUUUUCAACUGAUAGGGCAUUAAUUUUAGAGCCAAAUGGACCUGCAACUCCACCGUUGAAUAGCGUACGCUCUCUUUGUAUAGCCGAAAGGGACGAUGACCCAGGAAUCCGCGAAGUAUACAGACCGUAUAUUUUACCGGAAUCUGAACAGGACUGGGUGAGCCAGCUGGAGCUGGAUAAUGUAAUGGAUCUAGCAGAAAAGGAGAUUUCGUCGGAAGGAAAAAGGUUGAAAAUUUUGGUGCUAUAUGGAAGCCUCAGAAAAAGAUCAUAUUCACGCCUGGUCGCUUUCGAGGCAGCACGCAUCCUUUUUCGGCUAGACUGUGAUGUUCGUGUUUUCAAUCCAGAGGGACUGCCUGUUAAGAAUGACGUUGACCACGAUCACCCCAAGGUACAAGAGCUCCGGAAGCUUAGCAUGUGGAGUGACGGACAUGUAUGGGUAACUCCAGAACAACAUGGAAAUCUUACAGCCGUCUUCAAGAACCAGAUCGACUGGAUACCGUUGUCGACCGGAAGUAUACGCCCAACCCAAGGUCGUACCCUUGCCAUCGCCCAGGUGUCCGGUGGUUCCCAGUCAUUCAAUGCCGUGAAUUCUCUUCGACUCCUCGGCCGGUGGAUGCGAAUGUUCACAAUUCCUAAUCAGUCUUCAAUUCCAAAAGCAUAUACACAUUUUCCCGACGAGGGUCAGCCAGAUUGUCAGCGUCUAAAGCCCAGUAGUAAUAGAGAACGACUUGUCGAUUGUAUGGAAGAAUUCUGA